CGGGCAUGAAAGGGGGUGAAUCAGGUGUUGCAGUCUCGGUAGAUGGAGCAGAGGUAGAACACACACACAGCUUCAAAUACCUGGAUUCCGAUCACUCUUUGUUGUGAAGUCAUGGCGAUGAAGUGGACUUCCACGUGUCUCGUGGCGGUAGCCGUGCUUGGUUGCCUGUGUGAUGCUCAGUGGGGCAUGCCAAGUAAACCUGGAUACCAGAAGCCGUCCACACCACAGUUGCCAAGCAAACAGGUGCCGCUGGACCCCCAGCAGUCUAAGCAAACAUUUGAGAAAGCGGUCACCUGGAGUUUCCCUGACCCGCCCAAGCCUGAGCCCAAGGUCGACGUCCCGUUCGAGCUGAGGAGCCCUGUUCCUGCUGUCACUGUGGCCGUCGAGUGCAGGGAGAAAAUUGCACAUGUGGAAGUAAAGAAGGACAUGUUUGGGAUUGGCCAAUUUAUCAAUCCUGCCGACCUCCUGCUGGGAAACUGUGACGCUGUCGGCGAGGACCCUGCAGCUCAGGUGCUGAUUUUUGAAGCUGAGCUGCACGAAUGCGACAGCAAAACAAUGACGACUGCAGAUGCCCUUAUCUACACCUUUGUUCUGAACUAUAAACCUCGACCUUUCGGGAAUUACCCUGUGUUGAGGACCAGCGCUGCUGCUGUCUUUGUGGAGUGCUACUACCCCAGGAAGCACAAUGUGAGCAGCCUCCCCCUGGACCCCCUCUGGAUCCCAUUUUCCGCUGCUAAGGUGUCAGAGGAAGUGUUGUACUUCACUCUGAGACUCAUGACUGAGGACUGGCAAUAUGAGAGACCCAUGUACCAGUAUUUCUUGGGAGACAUGAUAUAUAUCGAGGCGACCGUCAAGCAGUACUUCCACGCGCCCCUCCGCGUGUUUGUGGACAGAUGCGUGGCUGUUCUAACGCCCGACCUGAACACAAAUCCACAAUACGCCUUCAUCGAUAACCACGGGUGUUUUAUCGACGCUUACAUCACUGGCUCCAAAUCAAAGUUUAGGACACGCACAGCUGAGAACAAGCUUCAGCUUCAGCUGGAGGCCUUCAGGUUCCAGGGAGCAGAGACUGGCGUGAUGUACCUCAUCUGUCACCUGAAAGCGACCUCCACCGCCUACGGCCUAGAUGACCACCACAGGGCUUGCUCCUACAGCAACGGGUGGAAGGAGGCGAGCGGAGCCGACGGAGUUUGCGGCCUCUGCGAAGCUGGGGUUAUGGUAAACUCCGCCUCGACGGGUGGCGCCGGUUCUGGUGGCUCUUCGGGUUUACCCAUUUCUCCAAGCAACCCAGGAAGGAAGAUCCGUGCUGCGAAGCGUGAAGUUGUCGAAUGGGAAGGUGACGUCACUGUGGGCCCCAUUGCUGUUGUGGAGGAGGUGCUUUAAUAAAGAAAGAACCUGCUGUUGCCAUGACUAUCGAAAUAAAUAUUACCAAUGGUCCAUAUCUGGCUGUAUCUUGUUUGACGCACUCGAUGGUUCGGUCAGGAGAAGGGGAGAGGCGAUCUGACUCAGUUCCCUAAAAGUUCA